CACAGGGGCGUACUGACCAUUUGGAAACUCAGGCACUGCCCGAGGGCCCGGGGUCAGUAGGGGGCCCCAUGAGAUGCCCCUGGUACCUUUUUCAUAGGCUUUUUUGAGUUUGGGCAAGGACACAGGGGCCCCAUGAUCCCCUAUUGCCCGGGGGGCCCAUGAGUUGUCAGUCCGCCCCUGGUCAUACAUGUCAGUCAAUGCCGUCUAUCAAUGCUGUCAAUCAGUACCACCUAUCAGUGCCCAUCAGUGCCACCUAUCAGAGC